GGGAAACGGUGCAGCCCGGGAGGAGGGACGCAGCCCCGCCGGAGCCGAGCAUGGAGGCUGAGGCCGGUCGCGGAGCCGCAGCAGGUGUUUACCCAGUGGAUAUUUUGGAAGAUGACCCUGAAAGGCAUCAGGAAGCAGCCCUGGCUUACUAUGCCACGCUUAGGGAAGGGAUGCGGCCCUCAGCAGAGCUUUUCUCUCUUCCCACUGGGGAGCAGGUGAAACUUGAAGCUUCGUCUGUUUGCUUUUGCUCUGUGCACCGUGACGAACCUCAGCAUAAAAUAUUAGUCUUGGUUAAUCCCCAGGACACGAAGACAGUGGUGGCUGUUUACAUAAAGGAAUCCUGGUGGCCCACAGAAGACGUCCUACGUACCUCUGAUCCUGCCAGAGAAGGUCUGAUGAAGGUUCAGUCAUUUGGGGAAAGGAUUGUGCUUUUCAUUCUAAACGUCGUUAUUUUUGGAAGAUUGGAGAGAAAUUUGGAUGACGGUGACAUGUUUUUUUUACCUCACUCUGUGAAGGAGCAAGCAAAGAUUGUGUGGCGGGAUGGUUCGGCUGUUGGAUUUUACACAACCAAAAGGAAAGGCAGCCUGUGUGGUGAUGGCACGGGUGCAUGCUACCUGCUGCCUGUCUUCGACACUGUGUUUGUUAGGAAGACGUACCGUCGUCAAGGCCUGGGCAUGGCCAUGCUGCAGGACUUCUGCGAGACGUUCCGAGAGGACGAGGCCCUGGGUGUCAGCUGGCCGAUUUCUCCUGCCAUGUACCAAGUCUGCAGGAAGUUCCUGUUGGCCCACCCGGAGGAGCGGGGGCGCCUGUGGGAGGUGGAGGCCCCAGGAGGCUGGGACCAGCGAGGCAGCAUCUGGUUGAAGGUUCAACUGCAGCAGUCAAGACCUCCAGACGCUCACCCAGGAAGUGCCAAGGAGAAUGUGAGCAGUCAAGGGCAGACUUCUCCAGAUGAUGGACUCAGACAGUCCGAAGAAGGCAAGAAGGAGAGGACCUGUGCAGAAUGGGAAGAGACAAAGAGUGAUCAAGACUGCGGAGUGAAAGUACCAGCAGCUGGGCGGCUUGGACAAGCCUGUGGGGCCGGGCUGGAGGGGACGGAGGCCAAGAGGACGGCAGUGGCUGCGGGGCUGACUGGGGAGUCCCAGCAGAAGCACGUGCGGCCCAGCUCCUGACUCCCAGAGGCAAACCCAAGUUCCGUCUUUGUCGGAGAGACCUGUCUGGGCCCCGCUGGACACGGGCACGAAAGCUGCGUCGGUCACUCUGCGCUCCUCUGGCCAGGACCUGGCCUCUGUCCUUGCUGUGUUGUCCUUGGAGGAGAAAGUGACGGUGCAGACCCUUCCCCCCUCAGGCUUGUUUUGUGGGCUCAGGUGAUAGAAAGCCCAAGAAAGUGCUUCAUUUCUCAAGCACAGAGAUCUGAGUGGGUACAGGCAGCUGUUUUCCCGAGCUUGGAGCUCAGAAGCACGUUCGUUAAACCUAAUAUGGUUUCUGUUACUCAGGAUGAAUUGGUGAAGAUUGUACUGGAAUCACGAAAAUAUGCCUCUUUUGUUAGCACAAAGAAACUCCCAGAAGGGCCACACCCUUUCUGGUCUGCGCUGCAGAAAUCUGUCUCAGGUUACCCCCCCCCCAAACGGGAUGUCACCGUGAGAUCACAGACACCAGAAGGGUUUCUAGGGAGACAUGGGUCUUUUCCAGAGAAGCUUCAGCCAGAGCGGAAGCUCCCUGAGGGCCGUGGCCGGGAUGCCUGAUGCACACCGUUGGUUGGCGCUUCGCCCACAUCUGGCCUGGUAUACAGGAGGCGCUCAGAGUGGGCUCCAGGCGGGCGUCAGGAUCUUAGCCGUCACCUCAUUCACAGGAGAAGCUGCAGGAGGGGGCUUUGUGCUGCUGGCGCUCCCAGCGUGCUGGUGCUGCGCAGGAAGGCCUUGUACUGGUCACGGUGACUGUGAUGCUGAUGGCUGCCUCCAGUGUGACCUACGCGGCCCUGCUCCAGGGAUGUGCUUGGCAUGUGCUUGGCCGCCACUGGGGAUUCGGAGCUGAGCCAAGGACCCUGCUUGUAAGACCCCGGAGAGGAUGGGCGAGGCAGGCCUCCCCCAGGGUAAGGCGCAGUGCAGGCUGUUCGUGAGGCCCCAGAGCCCGCUCCCCGGAAGCCGCGGUAGGCCUUUCUCUGCAGCUGGCCAAGUCUCACUGAUGGCCAGUAGGAUUCUAACCUUCUCACCUGCGAAAGCUGGCUGGGUUGUCUUGGGGCAGGCAACCCAGGCCCAGCCCCUACUUGUGGGAGAAUGCAAAUCUGAUCUUAUCGCUGGGCACACACCUCUGAGGCUUUAUCACUGCCUUUGGAGCACCUAGGGCCUUGCUGACUCUGCUCCCACCUCUUGGCGCCUGCCGCGCCUCCUGUAUCCAGGCUGCCUGGGCUUUCCCGUCCUGUCCUGUCCUCAGACACACCUUUGCUCUUGCUUGGGGUCAGCACUCAUGAGCUUGCUCUGCCGUGGGCUUGUGCCUUUCCCUCCCUCCUUCCCUCCCUCUGUCCUUCCUUCUCUCUUUCUCUCUGUCCUCCUCUGUCUCUCUCUCCCCUCCUUUUAAACCCUUCCCUCUCUCUCUCUCCAUCCCACUCUGCCUUCCUCUUA